AUGUCUGCCAUGAUCGACCAGGUUUCUGACGACCUGGAACGAGAGUUCAAAGUAUACUACGACCCGCUUCCCCACAGGCUUCGUUGCUUGGGUCAUAUUAUGAACUUGGCCGUUAUGGAGUUCCUUAUAGGCAAGAGACUAUCAACAACUGGUGUAUAUCUUGGACUGUCCAUCGAGCAAAUUGAGGAGUGGCGAAAGCGUGGAGCGAUAGGCAAACUGCAUAAUAUUAUGACACCGCGCCGAGAUAAUGACACUCGCUGGAAUUCCUGGUAUAAAAUGGUUGAGACGGCUCUGCGGCCCAAAGUUCGUCAAGCUAUAACUAUAUUCUAUGCGCAAGAGCUAGCUCUGUAA